CGCCACCAUGAACGCCCCAGUGCUGAUACUCACACUAGGCGCUCUCAUCUGCGCCGCACAGGCAGACAUAAGGAAGAUCUUUGAAGAAUGUAAGAAAAGCAGCAAUCUGGAAAGGGGGGACAUGAAAGAGAUGCACGCCUGUGAAAACGCCAGCGACCUGAAUGACAAUCAUGUGAAAUUCUUGCACUGUAUGAUGAUGAAGCAGGAGAUGAUGGACAAGGACUGCCGCUUGACAGUGGAUCGGCAAAUCAUCUCCGACAGGGUCGACAAGAAGUGUGACGAGAUGGCGGAGAGUACCGGCGCGGUGGCGGAGACCGAGAACGAGGAGCAAAAAGGAGAAGAAGGAGAAGAAGGCGGCGACAAGAAGAAUAAGAAGAAGAAGGGCUGCUGGUGGAAGAAGCUCUGCGAACCGGAGAGGCGCGAGAAUUUCAAGAAGAACAUGACGGAGUGCGUCGAGAAAGCUAAGGAAGCGUAUAACAGCGCCGAGGGAACCAGUGACCAAUGUAGAAACACCGUCUUCACCAUGAAGGAUUGCAUGAAGAAGAAGAUAGCCCGCAAAAUG